AUGUGUCGGAAAAAAGGUAAGGGCCAUUGUAAUGCCACCGGCUUAUAAUGCCGGUCAGGUGACUUUCAAGGCACCUUAAAAGUGCCUUUUGAUGCUCGGUGAUGGCCUUUCGAGGCUCGGUGAUGGCCUUUCGACCGUGAGACAAUCAUCAUAAUGCACCGUAACGUGCUAUCGGCGCAUAACUUUGUUCCAUUCCGCAUCAGCCUCGCGGCCAGCUGUCCCAUCCUCUUUGUAAAUAUUGUACACUUGUACACUCUAUUCAUAUUGUUACAUCUGAUGGCUCCGACUCGUACUUCUCGUCGAGAGAAGUACCAUUAUUCAGAAGAGACGCUAAAGGCCCAGCUGCCGUGCACUCAUUGCGGCAAGUCAUUCAAAACGCAGGGCUUCAAGAAACAUGAGGCUAGCUGCAAGAAACGGAUCGAAAAUGAGCAGGAGCGACAUCGAUUCAACCAGGAGUAUGAGAAGGGGAAACAAAAUGUGCAUUCUAGCACGAAAGGCUCGCCGAAAGGCUGCAACCAGCGAGGCUGGCCCAUCGAAUGACAUUCAAGUUCACCAUGCCCCCAUCGACGAUCUCCAAGACUUCGACUAUAGCCAACUCGAGGAUGAACACGGGAAUCCAACUAGCCCCGUACUAUCCGAUGCCAGCAUGGCUAGCAACCCCACGGUUGUCCAGCCUCAUGCGGCAUCUGUGCAAAUGCCCAGCGAAUUCAAAACGGAGUAUCACCCUCGCUCUGCUCGUGCGACUCUCUACCAGAUGUUCGACGAAUUCGGUAUCACUCAGGAGAUGCAGCACGCACCCGUUGACGAGGAACCAUGGCGUCCUUUCAGGUCACGCGGGGACUUCGAAUUCUCUGAGAUUGCGCUUGAUGCUGCGCUAAAUAAGUCUCAAAUAAAUGCCCUCCUUGAACUCAUUUCGCGCAUCGCUCAAGGUCAAGCUCAAAUCACUCUGAAGAAUGAGACAGAUCUUUCGAGGGCAUGGGACAAUGCUGCGGCUGAAUUAACACCGUUUUCAAAGCACGAAGUCCCUGUGAUAUACAAGAGGAAGGAGCAAGAAUACGAGGUCCACACACGGCCUGUGUGGGAUUGGGCCCUCGAUCUACUGGACAACCCCCUGCUCGCACCGCAUUUCGUGUGGGAUGCCUGCCGUGUUUACAAGCACAACGGUACGGAUUUCGAACGCUUUUUCAAUGAACCUUGGACAGGAGAUCGGUGGUGGGAUAUUCAAUCUUCUCUUCCGCCCGACGUUGAAAACGCUGUCCCAUUCUGUUUCAUUCUCUACGCUGAUAAGUCGAAGCUGUCGUCUCAUGGUACCGUCAAAGGGUAUCCAGUUGUAGUCCGAUGCGCAAACUUACCUGUAGACAUCCGUAAUGGCGAGGGGUUUGGUGGUGGUCGUGUAGUCGGAUGGUUGCCUAUUGUUCCUGACGAUGCAGCCGAAGAAGGAAAACUCGGAUACACAACGUUGAAGCGCGUUGUGUGGCAUGAAUCAUUUUUCAAGCUCCUGGAACAUGUCGCCCAGCACUCAAAGACUGGAUAUUCACACAAGGGCUAUAAUGGCAUUCCGCGAUGGCUGUUUCCUGUGAUACUGAUUCUUUCGGCUGACUAUGAAGAACAGUGCAUGAUGUCGCUGAUACGUGGCCGCGGUGGCAAAUGCCCUUGCCCCGUGUGCCUAGUACCAUUAGCGGAGCUCCACGACCUGUCAAAGAGCUACCCAAUCAGAACCGUGGAAGAAGCACAAGAAGCUCUCCGUAUUUAUGGGUGCAGUAAAGCUGAAGGCGAGCAGAUACUCAAAGCGCUCGGAUUACGACCUGUUGCGAAUGUUUUUUGGCUCAUCUUGCGUUCGAGUCCCCACGAUGCACUUAGUUUAGAUCGGCUGCAUUCAUUGCACGCCGGUCUGUGGAAGCACCUACUUGAAGAAUUGAAGAAAAUCCUCGCGUCGCUUGGACGCGAUGCUCAAGAAGCAUUCGAGAAGUCGAUCGCUAACUUCCCCCGAUGGCGCCACCUCACUCAUUUCGAAUCCGUUAUCAACAUUACAUUCACUGAUGGCAACAAAUACCAGGACCUCUCUAAGCAAACAUUAUAUCCGGCUUUGAACAUCCUGACGCACAGAGCCAGUCCUGUAGGCCACCAGCUGCUUCGCGUUAUCAGCAGUUAUCUCCAGCUGGAUAGCUGGAUCGGUCUGGAUUUGCAUACUGAGCGCACACUUGCAGCGAUCGACGCCGAGCUCUUAGUUUUCGAUGCUGAGCUCAAGGCUUAUAUUACAUGCGCUGAAGAGUCGGAGGUCGAGAAAUUGAAGCUUGACUGGAACUUUCCGAAGACCCACCUAUGGAAACAUGUUGUUCGUGAUAUCCGACUUAAAGGAGUAGCACGUAACUACAGCACGCGUCCGAACGAGAAGCUUCAUGGCCCCCUCAAAGACACCUAUCACCGUCGAACGAAUGGAAAGGAUACCGCGACGCAAAUACUUCGUAUUGAUCACCACAAAUUCGCCUCGAAACUUCUGAGAGAACGUGUCAACACGCUUGAUGAACACUGCCGGUUGCAGGCACUCGGCGAUGGCGGGCUUGAUGAAGACAUUGAUGUUCCUGUAGCCUUUAAUGGCCACGUGAAACUUGGCUCUCCGGUGCCACCCUUAGACAUCCUUGGCGUUGAGAGUCGUGGUCAAACGGAUCGUGCGUUUCAAUCUUUUCGUCGGAAAUUUAGUGAAUUCAUCAACAAUGCUCUGCCUACCUAUGGCCAUCAACUGACGAGUUGGGUUACAUUCCCAGGCGAUUUCAAGAUUCACGAGCACCGCUAUCUCAAGGUGAACUAUGAGUCGGCUGUGGACUGGAGGCAAAAUACCGACCACCUUCGGUGCAACCCCAAAUUCCAUGGGCGGCCACGAUUCGAUCACGCGCUCAUACAACUGACCGCUGAGGAAACAGCCUUCGUCCAGCUAAUUUUCAUGUUCAGAUGUCAUAUUUCGAAUCUCGGGCCCUUCGAAUUCGCACUUGUUCAACCAUACACUGCUAGAGUCGGUCCUCGCAGAACAGACUCCACCUUCAAGCUUACUCGUGUCAAGGCUGUCCCGAGGUCGUCAUCAAUAUUUGUCCCGCUUAAAUCUUUCAUUCGAGGAGCUGUUCUAGUCCCUGAUUCUGAGCAUCAAGAUGAAUACUUCGUUGUUGAUCACAUUGACGGUGACAUGUUUCUGCGAAUGAAACACAUAUGA